AGUGCGUGGAACGGCGCACCUGGCAACGGCGCCGCGUCCCCGCCCGCGCCGGUCCGCACACCCUGCCGGCGGCCUCGAGCGCUCGCUCGUUGAUGCCGUUCUGGGGGUGACCCGGCGCGGCUCCGCGGUGGCGGGGCGCUAGACGACGCCAGCCCAGCGACGCGGGAGCGGGACAUGCUGGAGCUGCGGCACCGCGGGGGCUGCCCCGGCCCUGGGGGAGCGGGGGCGCCGCCACCCCGCGAGGGAGAGGCGGCCGGCGGUGACCACGAAACCGAGAGCACCAGCGACAAAGAAACAGAUAUUGAUGACAGGUAUGGAGAUCUCGAUGCCAGAGGCGAUUCCGACGUGCCUGAGGUCCCACCGUCCUCAGACAGGACCCCCGAGAUUCUCAAGAAAGCCCUGUCCGGACUAUCUUCAAGAUGGAAGAACUGGUGGAUUCGCGGGAUCCUCACCCUCACCAUGAUCUCCCUCUUCUUCCUGAUUAUCUAUAUGGGGUCCUUCAUGCUGAUGCUUCUGGUAAGUGAUUGGCGUCUUCCUGGGUGCCUCUGGGUUUUAGUGCGUGUGUAUCAUGGAAGGCAUCUGAGCAUGUCAUCAUAACAAAGGUAGCUGAAGUCUUGGCAACAGCAAAUUCAGUUCCUUUAAGUAUUUUCCAGUUCAUGAAAUGAUCUGGACUCAUCUUUACUGUCUGCAAAAUGGUUCCUCAGUGUGCUCAUUCAGCAGAGACGAGUGUACUUUUCUAUGGAGGCGCCUGUGUAUCCAGCAUCAUGCAGAGCAUUGAACCACUUCCAUGUAUUUACCUAUGACUAGUUCCCCGACUUCAAGCAAGUUAGUUUAGCAGCAGAAACGUUCAGUUGACCAGAUAACUCGCUAGCAUUAAGUAAAUCGUGAUAAGUCUUGUUGCGGAUGAUGUGUUAAGCAGAAGGGCAGAGAGGCGUUGUUAUGCAGUGUGAGACAGGGGUAACAAAAGGCAUACAGAGAGAUGAUACCCAAGUCUGAUCCUGAAGGCUACACAGAGAAAAUAAGGUGGAUUUCAGGGUGGAUCCCCAGUGGCAAGGCAGGGGAUAGUGAGAGAGAUGGCGCGGCUUCUGCACAGGAUCUGGGUUGGCCUGUGGAUGGCCGCCAGGGAUGAGACUGGAGAGCUGGGUAGAAGCCUUUCUGGGAGGUUUAGAUGUGCAUGGGAAGCCAAACAAGUCAUGAGGGCAAACGGAUAACUUAAGCUCUUACUUCAUCCUUUGAUAAGUGCCUUCGAGGUGACUGGUGUGUGCCAGCCAUUACAGUAGCACUGGGGUAUGCUAGUGGUGGCGCUGAGAAAAUCAUCCCAGUCUUCAUUUUGAUGGAGCUUAUUGUUUAUACUGUAAAGAAUGGAUUAGCUGCUUCUAAUAACAAACUGCAGUGUGUUAAAUAAAGACCGGUUCUCUGAGAGCAGGAGAGGAAGGAGUCAGAGGACUUUCUGGAAGCAUUGUGCAACACGGGAGCUUCCUUCUGAAGGUUGUGUAGGAAUCAGGGAGGAGAAGGAAGGAGGUGGGAGUAGAGGUGCUCCUCACAGAGAGUGUGGGCCCAGGAGUGGAAGCCAGGAGUCCAUGAGUUCUAUAGACUUAGCAGGAGUUCCAAGGUCUCCAAGCAUGGUUUUGCAGUGAAUAGUGACACACAUCCUCAGGGGCAUAUACAUGUCCCUCAUUAUGAGGAUGACCUGAGAAGGUGACAAUGCUCUCUGGGUAAAACGGUACUCCCUCUCCUAGCCAGUCCCCACUGCUACCAGGUUCUCCCAGUGCACACUUGUGCAGUGGGUAGCUGCACCAGGCUCUCCUCGUGCACACAUGUGCAGCAGGCAGCUGUGCCUUACUGCUUUCUUAUCUUGUCUCAGUUUGUUCAGCCCCUCCCUGCGUGUACCUUCCCAUUUUCCUGCCUCCUAGAGCAUCUGAAUGCAUUUACCAGUCUUCCUGUCUUUCACCCCAGUACUGUGCUCCUCUUCCCACACCUCCUGUGUUUGUCUUGAGCGGUAUAUGUUAUUCCUACCAUGCCUUAGCUUGUCCUGUCAGCACUUUACAGUGCUCAGUUCAGGGGAGUUUCAUAGAAAGCCCAUUUCUAACAAGCAUGGUGGAAUGACACGCCUGUUGUUCCCGCAGAGACGGGAGGGUCAAAGUGUGAAGGUGUGAGACGUGAAGGAGUUCUAGGCCAGUCUGCAGCUGCUAGCAAGACCUCAUCUCAAAAACAAACAAACAAAUAAAAAGAUAAAGAAGAUGAAGUACUUUCUUUAAGCCCUCACUUUAGGGAGUGCUGGCUGCCUCGGGACACAUCUUAGUUUACACGGAGUGUCCCUCUGUCCCCUGGUUAUAGUUGGGUUGUGCUCGCUGAAGCCAGCUUUCUAGUGAUGUCAUUACUGUGCACACUGGGAGAUAAAGGCAUCUGAGAGCAUAGAGAAGGUACAGUGGGAGGUUUCCUUGCCCUCUCUAAUAAUUGUUAGUUCACAUUAUAGGAUUCACUGUGAAUCCUUAGCCUUUCUAUUGUGAGGAUGGAAGUACCCCAAGUCUACCAUCAACUGCCCAAACCCACACCAGGCUGCUGCUGGCUAUCUCUCAUUUGCUCUUUUAGUUUUUGCUUUAAAAAUCAUUGCUAUAACAAUACUAUGAUUAAAGUUUUGUGCCCUAUUUUUCAAAGUGUGGUAUUGUUCCACCAUCUCUACCCUCCAGCUGUGGUAUGUUCCGCUAUAUAAGGGACUGUGAAGCGUCGUGGGAUUUAAGUCACUUGCUAUUUUUAAACACUCAGGUUACGCUCAGUUUCUGUAAUGAGUAACACUAUGGUGAACAUACCCCAGCUCAAAAACGUUCUGGUUUCUUCUUAGACUAGAUUCCUCAGAUAAAAAUAGGCUUUCUUGUUUGCAUAUCCCUUAGAUGACAUUCAACAUGCCCAAAUCCUGUGUCUGGUCUGUUGCGCCAGGUUUUCCUGGCCACUCCGUGUUCCUCCUCAUCCUUAACUCUUUUGCUUAUGGCGUAAUGCCCCCCUCAAAAGGUUCCUAAGUGAAGGCUUGGUUCCCACCUGGAGGAUGUCCACACUGAGAGAUGCCAGAUCGCGGGGCCCGACCUAGUCAGGGAGUCCACCUGACGGAAGUGUUGGGAGGUGUUUGGAGGAAGUAGAUCAGAGAUGUGGGUUUGGGGGCUGUAUCUUGUCCUGGACUUGUCUCUAUUCCAGUCCGUGCUUCCUGGCCUCGUCUGUGCCCUCCUGCAGUGGUGUUCUGCCUCAGCACAGAUGCCCCAAACCUAAAUUGAAACCUCUGAAGUAAAUCCUUUUAUGUCAUUUUUGUCAGGUGGUACAUUCCCAGUUUCCUUGUUGACAGACUCCAGUCUCCCUGUGUCCUCUGCGAGAUGCCCUCUGCUGGUGUGGUCAUGUCAUAUCUUGUAGCCUGCAUUACUGUCUGCUUUGCCACCUCCCCAGUCCAUGCUCACUCCCUCUGUUGACAAAUACUCGGGCCCUUCCUCUCCUGCCACCCCUCGCUGUGGAGCUCUGUUCGCACCCACGUCUGUACACUGACAGCUCGGAAGUACUCAUACUUACCUUAGCAUGCUCCAGUCCUCUGCAGGCAUGGCUGCCGAUCCCCCGCCUCCCACAGGUGUGCACGCUCAUUUCCACAUAAUUUCUACGUGCCAUCAUUGUUUUGAGCUUAUCCCAUGCGCUCUGAGAGCACAUGUCCUGACUCAUUUCCAGGCAUCCUCAGUAACAAGAGCACUGAGCUUCUAAAGAAUUGGCUGUUGUUUUUAAGGCUCUUAACGCAUCAGUUGGGUCAAUGAACUUUUUUCAGUGAUUAUUGCUACCAAUAUCAAUGGUACAGGGUAUCAAUUCCUAUGUAAUCUCCUAGUCCUUAAUAAAAUAAAUGCAUUUUAAAGAUUUUUAA